AUGGGAGCAAUACCUAAAAAUGUUCAGCCCAAAAAUAGUGCAGAAAAACCACAAAUCCAAGUGGGAAUUGAUAGGUACAUUACCGUACUGAAACGAGGACGCAGCCCAAAAUCCUCAAAAGUUGCAUUAACCGCAAAAGUACCUAAAGAUAAGGAAAUUGAAUACUCCAUUUCAAAUAGUUCGACAGAAUUUGAAGAUCGUAUUGGUUGUUCCACUCCUAACAGUUCAGAUGAAAAAUAUUCAAAUACUCUUGAAGCUUCGAAUCUUAAUGGUGAUAAAUUGGCUACGACAAUAUCAUUGAACAACAACAAACAAAGAAGAUCUCGUACAAAUUUUACUUUGGAACAGCUUAAUGAACUGGAACGAUUAUUUGAAGAAACGCAUUACCCUGACGCAUUUAUGAGAGAAGAACUGAGUCACCGGCUUGGUUUAAGUGAAGCUAGAGUACAGAAUAUAUUAUGA